UUAAACGCUUACUGCCAACCACUGUCCACCACGACAACAGAGGAGUCCGUAGUAGAUUUUGCGAAAAAACUCCGUUUGGACAUGAUGAGUAUUUUAGACCUCAUGAGCUGCUUUCGGCUAAAACUUUACAUGCCGGAAUGAAGCUGACGCCUGCACGGAUUAGUUAUGGAUUACUAAUGUCAUAAGAUCAACCACAAGUUCCCCAUCCCCAUUCACAGGAGGAAGUGUGACUGCGUGAUUUGCCGUGAACCUCAACCUGGAUGCCUCCUUAUUAAAUUCAUCAACGGAUCAAUAGUGUUAUCUGGAAUGUUUUUGACGCAGAUGAUGGUUUGGUGAGCCCAACUUAGUUCUUGCACUUGACUGUCUGCCAUGGCCCAGAAUUAUGGCUGUUCAAUUAAUUCUCCUGCAGAGGACCAGGAAAGUGAGGAGAACUCUCCGCUGCUGCAGAAACAAGCAGAGCAACUCUUGGUGCCUCCCAAAUGCUGCUCCGUGCGAUGCAAUCUGGCCAUAAUGAUGUUCUUCGGCUUCGCUGUGGUGUAUGGUCUCCGGGUCAAUCUCAGUGUUGCCAUGGUCGCCAUGGUCAAUGGAACUAGCACCCAGCCAGAUUCAAACGACAGUAAAGCAAAGGAAUGCCCAGUGUCCUCUGAUACCUUGAACAGCAGCAGUCAAAUUCUGGAUCAGCCAGAUGGGGUGCCACGAUACCCAUGGGAUUCUGAGAUGCAGGGAAUGCUGCUUGGUGCAUUCUUCUUUGGAUACCUUUUCACUCAGGUACCUGGGGGAUACCUGUCCGGCCGAUUUGGUGGAAGCAUUUUCCUGGGAGGGGGAGUUCUGUGCACAGCAGUCCUCACGCUUCUCACUCCUCUGGCAGCACAGCUUGGGGCCAGGUGGCUGUUUGCUCUACGGGCUUUAGAGGGAUUUGGAGAAGGUGUGACAUUCCCUGCCAUGAUGGCCAUGUGGGCUUGCUGGGCCCCUCCAUUUGAAAGAGCUCGUCUAAUGACUCUUUCAGGAGCCGGGGGUAAUUUUGGUGCCUUUGUCGCUUUUCCUCUCACUGGCUUCAUCUGUCACAGCCUGGGCUGGCCUGCAGUCUUCUACUGCUGUGGGGGCGCAGGGUGUCUUUGGGCAGUACUAUGGUUCAUCCUGGUGUCUGAUGAACCUCGCACACAUCCACGAAUAAGUGACCAAGAAAAAGAAUACAUAAUCAACUCUAUAGGUUCAGAGGGAGGAUCCCAUGGUUGGUCAGUACCGCUGCUGCCCAUGCUGUUCUCAGUCCCUCUCUGGACCAUCAUCAUCACACAGAUGUGUUCCAACUGGUCUUACUACACUCUGCUUACCUCACUGCCCACCUACAUGGACACUGUGCUACACUUUGACCUACGGCAGAACUCCUUCCUGUCGGCUCUGCCCUACCUGGGAGGUUGGUUGUCUUCCGUGUUGUCAGGCGUGAUAGCGGACAGCCUCCUGGAGAGGAAGCUACUGGGCGUAACAGCAGUUCGCAAAAUUUUUACUGUUAUAGGUAUGCUGCUGCCGGCAGGGUUGCUUGUUGCAGUGGGUUUCUCAGGCUGCAGUGGCAUCCUGGCUGUAACUUUUCUCACUCUGUCCACCACCAUCGGAGGUGCCAGCUCUGCUGGAGUCUUCAUGAACCAGAUUGACAUUGCUCCUCGGUAUGCAGGCAUACUGCUUGGGAUCACAAACACUUUUGGGACCAUCCCAGGAGUACUUGCACCAAUUGCAGUCGGUUACCUUGCCAAAGACCACUCUUUGUUGGGAUGGAGGAAGGUGUUCUGUGUGUCUGCAGGAGUGAGUGCCCUCGGAGCCUUCUUGUACACACUGUUUGGCACCGGAAAGAUCCAACGCUGGGCAGUAUCAGAUGACAGGACAGAGACAGGGACAGAGAGGGAGCACUAGACAUGUUUUCAUGAUGGGCUCUAUUCAGCAUUGUACAGCUGGUGAGCUGAAGCUACUCAGGAUGCUAUGUGGGCCUUUGUUCCUGUAGCCUGUUUAGAGCUGGUAAAGGCAAAAUGCUUUGUUACACAGAGGACUGUUUUUAUGCUGCUCUGGGGGGUCCCUUUUAAUACAGGUUAAAAGGUCUGUGUGUCUUUCACGUCUGUUUUCCAACCGCGUGCACCAAUAAUAGUGGCACUAUUACUGUUAUAGUUCUUAUGGUGGAUUGAAAGAUUUGUUAAAAAAUGAUGGGAACAAAGCACAUUUUAUACUUGUGUUAAAGUCAUAAUUGUUUAAUUAAUUAAUUUUUUAUCAUU